CGGCGGCGCGCGCAGCGGUGACGUCCACGCAGCCCCCCGUUGAGCUCCGCCGAGUCCUCCGAGGCCCGGCGGCGCUUUGCCACUUUGCCACUUGGCCCGGGGAAGACUUGCGAGCGCCAUGGACAACUCCGGCAAGGAGGCGGAGGCGAUGGCGCUGCUGGCCGAGGCCGAGCGCAAGGUGAAGAACUCGCAGUCCUUCUUCUCGGGCCUCUUCGGAGGCUCAUCUAAGAUCGAGGAGGCCUGUGAGAUCUACGCCCGAGCCGCCAACAUGUUCAAGAUGGCCAAGAAAUGGAGUGCCGCAGGCAACGCUUUCUGCCAGGCAGCCCAGCUACACCUGCAGCUGCAGAGCAAGCACGAUGCGGCCACCAGCUUCGUGGACGCCGGCAACGCCUUCAAGAAAGCUGAUCCCCAGGAGGCCAUCAACUGUCUACUGCGUGCAAUCGAGAUCUACACAGACAUGGGCCGCUUCACCAUCGCCGCCAAGCACCACAUCUCCAUCGCUGAGAUCUACGAGACGGAGCUGGUGGACAUAGAGAAGGCCAUUGCCCACUAUGAGCAGUCCGCCGAUUACUACAAAGGCGAGGAGUCCAACAGCUCGGCCAACAAGUGUCUGCUGAAGGUGGCGGGGUACGCGGCCCAGCUGGAGCAGUACCAGAAGGCCAUCGACAUAUACGAGCAGGUGGGGACCAGUGCUAUGGACAGCCCCCUGCUCAAGUACAGCGCUAAGGACUACUUCUUCAAGGCCGCCCUCUGCCACUUCUGCGUGGACAUGCUCAAUGCCAAGUUGGCGGUGCAGAAGUAUGAGGAGCUGUUCCCUGCCUUCUCGGACUCCCGGGAAUGCAAGCUGACCAAGAAGCUGUUGGAAGCCCACGAGGAGCAGAAUGUGGACAGCUACACUGAGGCAGUAAAGGAGUACGAUGCCAUCUCGAGGCUGGACCAGUGGCUCACCACGAUGCUGCUGCGGAUCAAGAAGACCAUCCAGGGUGACGAGGAGGACCUGCGCUAGCCACGGAUCCUCCAGCCCGCUGCACAGCCCCUACUGCACCCUCUGCCCCAUCUACUUAUUUAAGCCCCCAGGGAUGCCUCGUCCACCUGGAAAGCUGGAACCCAGGACUGGCCUGUUUGCUUCGGGUGCUACGGGCGCCGGGUCGAUACCAGCCCUUCCCCCGGCCCACUAAGGCGCUGCUUGCUCUUCCCUGGCCCUCGGUUGAGCCCAGCACGUGCAGUUGAGCUGCCCUCGCACAGGAUCGGGCUCCCUGCUGCCCAUCCACCCGGGGGCCCCGGGCUCUGCCCCUCCAUCUGCUCUCCCCGUGCUUUGAGGUUCGGGGUUUCUGGCGGGAGUGCAGCUGGCCCAGGAAAGGAAAUAAACAUCACUAUCUUGGCA